GGCUGUAAACCAAAGUUGGGUAUCGAAAAAAUUUUGAGGCCGUUUUCCUUUUCUGUAGUCUCCUUCUUGAAAAUUCCUAUAAAAUGGCCUAUUCAGAUAUUUCCAACUUUGCUUAAGCAUGAGGUUAACUGGAUAACUUCACUGCAUCUCUUCUUCUUGUUCUACAGCUUUGCUGUACUGAUUUCUCUCUGUUCUUUUUUUUGGGUUCAGAAUACUAGAGGUUGUGUUUGAUUUUUGUGUUGUUGGUAGGGUGUUUGAGAAUGGGUGACUUGGGGACGGAAAUGGAUUUGGUAAUGGAGGAAGAAGAAGAGGAGAAAAAGAAGAAGAAGAAGGAUGGAUCGUCGGAGGUGGUACAGUGGGAGAGGUUCCUCCCUAAGAUGGUGCUCAGCGUUCUCCUCGUUGAAGCUGACGACUCCACUCGUCAGAUCAUCACCGCGCUUCUUCGGAAAUGCAGUUACAGAGUUGUUGCUGUUCCUGAUGGAUUAAUGGCAUGGGAGACAUUGAAGGGUGGACGGCAUAAUAUAGACCUCAUAUUGACUGAAGUGGAGUUGCCUUCGAUAUCUGGAUUUGCUCUUCUUACUUUAGUUAUGGAGCAUGAUAUCUGCAAAAACAUUCCUGUUAUAAUGAUGUCCUCAAAGGAUUCGAUUAGCACGGUCUUAAAGUGUAUGUUAAAAGGUGCAGCUGACUUUCUCAUUAAGCCUGUUCGUAGGAAUGAGCUGAGGAACCUCUGGCAGCAUGUUUGGAGAAGGCAUAUGCUAGCUGGUGGAUGUGCUCCUCAAAGCCUACUUAGUCUGCAGCAUAAUGUUGAAGCCACUGUUGAAAACAAUGCUGAGAGUAGCCAUUCAAGUGAUUAUGCAUCUUCUUCACAGAAAAAUAAAGAAGGAAGCAAAGGAAGUGAUACCCAUGGUCUUUCGCAACUGAAGGGUACAAUUAUCAAUUUUGGUAAUGCAGGCAGAGAUCAGCAAAAAAAUGGCAUCAUACUGAAUGAAAAGUCACUUCUUCCUGAGAAUCAACUUACAGAAAAUCCAAAUAGUUUAGGAGCUGAGGUUGCUGGCUGUAAUGAUGAAGCUUCCAAUUCAAAUGCAUUUAAACUGGAAGAUAACCAUUCUGUUGUUAAGGUGGUGCCUGAGGCUCAGGAUGGAGUUGUUGGAGCAGAAAGCAGCAGAGCAGUUCCUAGUAUUACUGUUGGGGUUCAUUGCUGCAAUGAUGAACCAUGUGAACCUUCUACAAGAGCUAUUGACUUGAUGGCUUCAUUUGAUAAUCAGCCAAAUGAUAUUGAACAUUUUAGAUUAAAUGAUAGCAGAAGCAAGUCUGAAAUUGCUCCACAGUUGGAACUUUCUUUGAGAAGAUCCUCAGAAAGGCAUGCCCUUAACCAUUCAGAUGCAUCAGCCUUUUCAUGGUAUAAUAAUAGUAAGAUGUUAAAACCCCUACUUCCAACUCUAGCUAGUAACUUCACAGGAUUGAAGAAGGGUGCAAGUAAACCACUUGAACAAUUAUCCAGUAAUCCCCUGGAAAAAGCCGAGGAUACUUCUCAAGCUCAUGCUGCAGUUGGUGAAUCUAGAGAAUCUAAACUAAUGUUUCCAAGCCCUCAAUUUGGGGCAAUUCCUGUUCAAGGGGUUGUAUUGGAUGAAGUGUCUGAUGGAAAUGAACAAGCUUUCACACCCAUGGUUUAUGCUAAAUCUGGUUUACCCCCUUCUUGGAGUUCCAAACCAGGUGCGCAGCGAGAACAUUCUAGUUUUCCUGUGAACACCUCAGUGCAUUCCAAUCCUGAUAUUCAUGACACAGAACAAGGAUACCAUUGGUCUGGUGAAACUGCCAAUUGUUCUAUUGACGAAAUUGUUUAUGAGCUAAAAAAGCAGGAAUCUGUUGGAAAACAAAGGUGCAGCUCCCCUGUUGCUGUUGAGAGUGCUUGCAGUAGUUUAUGUAAUGGUACUCUGAAUUAUGAAAACAGCAGCACAUAUGGCGGUGUUUCCAGUAGGAGUGAUGCAAGCCUCCAUGAUAAGGUCACUGCCAUAGAGAUUGUCAAGGGUAGCAAUAUCAACGGUCAUGAUGAGGGAUUGAAAGGGAUGGAAUCGCAUCACUUCAGCCAAAGGGAAGCUGCUUUGAAAAAGUUCAGACUUAAGCGUAAAGAUAGAUGCUUUGAGAAAAAGGUACUUUAUCACAGUUUUCGUAUGGUACAAUAGGCAAGUGUGAGUAUGCUUUGCAAGUAGAUAGCAUUAUACUAUUUCGCAUCCUUAUGUGGGUUGGGUUAUUUCAACAGUUCUUUUUGUAGUUGUCCUGCUGUUGCCAAUAUUAAAGUUCAACUAAUUUGAAAUAUCGCAUGAACUGUGGAUUCCAUAUGUAGCCAAUCUCAUGUCGGCUGAUAAUAAGUUAACACCCUGCAAUUGCUCAUCAUAGUCACCACAUAUAGAAUUAUCUUAAUGAGCAAUUCCUUGCACAGGUUCGAUACCAAAGCCGGAAAAGACUAGCCGAGCAGCGUCCUCGGGUGAGAGGACAAUUUGUUCGUCAGGUGGAGAAUGACACCUGCUCUGGCAAUAUAUGCUGAUGGCCCUCAAAUUGGAUAACAGCACCCUGUUUAUUUUAAUUUUCUGUUGUGAGCAGAUGCUAGAAAUUUCCAGAAGACAUACAGUGGUAGGCUAGGUGUUGACUCAAAUGUCAUGCUAGUUUCUUUGGUGGCCAUAGGUUCUAUAUAUAUGACAGUAAUUUUUUUUUUUUUUAAUUUUUGCCUUUUUUUUUUGGAUCCAACUGAAAGAGGUAGUAUUGUAAUUACUUUAGUGAGGUGGGCUUGUUUAUAUAUCUAAUUGUAUAUGUAAACCGAUGACUGAUUGUAAACAUGUAGGUAGGAAGGUUGAUCCUAAUAUCUUCUUUCAAUAAUUUUUUUCUGCAUUA